UUCCUCUCCGUCCCUCGCACUUCUUCCCUCCCUCUAUCUCUUUGUUCUCUAUCCACGUCCAAUUCCAGCCUCCGCCGCCGCCGCCGCCUCCUCCGCCAAAGUGAAGAACGCCAGACAAAGGGCAAUGUAAAUUUCUUUCUCUACGUUACCUCCUCUUCCGUUUCCUUUUCUUUCCUUUAACAACUCCCCUUAUUCCAUUCCAUCCCUUUCUUGAUUCCUCUCUUCUUUCUCUAUCCAUAUAUUCUCAUAGUUUGACCUUCAUCUCUCUCUAUAUAUUUAUGUAAACCCAGUUCUUGGUUUCAAUCUUUUAACUUCUUUCUUGGGGAAAAUUACGUUAUCAUUGGGCUGAAGAGGGAAGCUUGUUAGUUCCCUCUCUAGAGAAGAAAAGAAAAGAAAGCAAGCAUGGACGGAAUCGAUGCGUCCAUGUACUCGCACAGCCCUGCCCACGAGGCCGUCCUGGCCCGCGAUUACGACGCCCUCAAGUCCAUCAUCUCCUUCCUUCCCCGCCUCGCCGAGCCCUCCGAGAUCGGCACCGAGGCGGACUCCUUCGCCGAGGAGGCCAAGGCCGACGCCAUCUCCGCCGCUCUCGACCGCCGCGACGUCCCUAACCGCGAGACCCCUCUCCACCUCGCUGUCCGCCUUGGCGACGCCUCCGCCGCCGAGCUCCUGAUGGCCGCCGGCGCCGACUGGAGCCUCCACAACGAGAAGGGCUGGAGCGCCCUCCACGAGGCCAUCUGCGCCGGCGAGGAGCAAAUCGCCCGCAUCAUCGUCCGCCACCGCCAGCCCCAGGCCUGGGCUAAGUGGUGCCGCCGCCUCCCCCGUCUCAUCGCCACCAUGCGGAGGAUGAGAGACUUCUACAUGGAGAUCACCUUCCAUUUCGAGAGCUCCGUCAUCCCUUUUGUCUCAAGAAUCGCCCCCUCCGAUACCUACAAGAUCUGGAAGAGGGGCUCCAAUCUGCGGGCCGACAUGACGCUCUCCGGAUUCGACGGGUUCAAGAUUCAGCGGGCCGACCAGAGCGUUCUCUUCCUCGGGGAGGGCUCGGAGGACGGCAACGUGUCCUCCGGAUCGCUGUGCAUCGUCUCGCAUAAGGAUAAGGAGGUGGUGAAUGCUCUCGAUGCCGCCGGGGCGCCGGCGAGCAACGCCGAGGUCCAGCAGGAAAUCUCGGCCAUGUCCGAGACCAAUAUCUGCCGGCCGGGCAUCGACGUGGCGCGGGCGGUGCUGCUGCCGCAGCUGACCUGGAGGCGGCAGGAGCGCUCGGAGGCCGUCGGCUCGUGGAAGGCGAAGGUGUAUGAGAUGCAUCAUGUGGUCGUGAGCGUCAAGUCCCGGCGCGUCCCCCGUGUGGCGGCGGCCAACGAUGAGGAGGCCGUCGUCUCUUCUUCCAAUGACAAUGAGACGGAGAACGAUGAGUACGAGGAUAUCUUGAACGCCGAAGAGCGGAAGCAAUUGGAAAUCGCUUUGAAAAUGGAGUCACCGGAUGCGAUCGACGAAGAUAUCUCCGAUGACUUCGUCGGGCACCGGCAGAGUUGCUACGAGCCGAGAGAAAUUCCGGUCGAGGAUGCGAGUAGCUGUGGCAAUGGUGGGAGGAAGCAAGACAAGAAACGGUGGCUCGGGAACCGGGGAAAGAAGGGGGAUCAAAAUAAUCACAACCAGGAUUUGCAGCAGAAGAUGGCACCACCAAGAAGCUCGCUUUGUAUAGAUGAGAAGGUGAGCGACCUCCUUGGGGAUUCUCCAUCUAGGGCUCGUAGUAGUCAGGGAAGGCAUUCCAUAGAGAUUGCCUGCAGAAGGGAGGUCCUAAAAGAGGCAAGGGACAGGGAUUCGAAGAAAUCUUCAGCGAAUUCGGCGAAUGGGGGUCGACGGAAAGAAGGUAACCGGGAGAGCGAGUUUAAGAGAGGUUUGACUCCUGUUUUCUGGCUAUCCCCCAACUUUCCACUGAGGACUGAGGAGCUUCUGCCGCUGCUUGACAUACUUUCAAAUAAGGUGAAGGCUGUACGUCGCUUGAGAGAACUACUUACUACGAAACUUCCUUCCGGGACUUUUCCAGUCAAGGUUGCCAUUCCAGUUGUCCCUACCAUCAGAGUCCUGGUCACAUUUACUAAGUUUGAAGAUUUACAACCAUUGGAAGAUUUCUCCACACCUUCUUCAAGUCCUGAGAAGAAAUACCCUAGUAAAAAUCUGCCCUCAAGUUCAUGGCUUCAGUGGAUGAAGGGGUCCUCCCGUCAGAAACCAUCAAAAUCAUCAGGACCCAGCAACCGUGUUGAAAAUAUCCAGGACCCUUUCAUGAUACCCCCAGAUUAUGCUUGGGUAUCACCUGAAACAAAGAAAAAGAAGUUGCAGGAGAAUGGAAGCAAAUCUAAGAAGAGGCCAGAGCAAAAGAGACAAGGGCCUAAAUCUGUGAGAGAAGAAUGGUGACUGGAUGGAGACUGUUGACAAGAGCAUGUAAGCUCUAUGAGAAGAUGCUAGUUGGAAGUAAAUUCCUGGGCUAUCUAUGCUCAAUGCGAAAUGAAUUCCUGACGUCUUCUGGUAAAUAAGAGCGUCUGGAAACUGAUUUUGACCAAUGUAAGUGAGAUGAAUGAUUCCCCGUGGUGUAAUUUUUCACUGGCAACACCAUAAACCCUUGCUUUCGUGAGUC